GGGUAAAUUCAGCGACAUACAGGAAGAAAAAGAACAAGCACACUCUCCUGCAAGCUGCACACUCCUACGGUGACAUACAGGACCAAAUCACUGCUUGACCCGUUUAGCAGGAAUGGCUGAGUUGGCAGGUCUGGUGCAGCGGCUGGAGGUGGCGGUGGGUCGGCUGGAGUCCAUGUCGGGCCCUGGAGGCAGCGGUGGAGCUUCUGCUGGUGGAGCUGUAUCGGCGUACGUGGAGGCUUUUGAUGUGAUCGCCAGCGGCUCCUUGGCUCAGUACCUCUCCCUCAGCCAGAAGAUCGGAGGCGAUGUCCAGAAACAUGCAGACAUGAUGAAGCAAGCGUUCUCCGUUCAGAAGCAACUGCUCCAAACGGCCUCCUCUUCCCAGAAGCCCUCUGAUGCACUUUUGACCACCAUCCUGCAGCCCAUGUCCAAAAUGAUGCAGCAGGUGCAGACGUUCAGGGAGCAGAACCGCACCUCGCCGCUCUUCAACCACCUGUCUGCCGUCAGCGAGAGCGUGCCCGCCCUCGGAUGGGUCGCCAUGGCUCCUAAGCCCGGCCCCUUUGUUAAAGAGAUGCAGGACGCCGCCAUGUUCUACACCAACCGUGUGCUCAAGGACUACAAGGAGAAGGACAAGGUACACGUGGACUGGGUGAAGGCCUACCUCUCCAUCUGGACUGAGCUGCAGAACUACAUCAAAAAGCACCACACCACCGGGCUGACCUGGAGCAAGAGCGGUCCCGUUGCCUCGGCCUCUGCAGCUGCCCCCAGGGCUUCUGCUGGUGGUGUGCUCCCUUCCUCCCCUGGACCCCCUCCUCCCCCCAUGGACUGCAGCAGCUCCGGCGGAGGGGGCGAUGGUGGUGCUGACACCCGCAACGCUCUGUUCGCCUCCCUCAACAAGGGAGGGGACGUCACCACCGGCCUGAAGCAUGUGAGCGACGACCAGAAGACCCACAAGAACCCCACCCUGAGGGGCAACGCUCCAGUGCGUGCCGGACCCAAACCCUUCACCUCAGCCAAACCUGCUGCGGCCCCCACCCCCACCCGCACUCUGCCCCCUGUGCUCGAGCUGGACGGGAAGAAGUGGAAAGUGGAGAACCAGGAGGGAGCGCAGGACCUGGUGAUCAGCGACACAGAGCUCAAACAAGUCGUUUAUGCCUACAAGUGUAACAAGAGCACCCUGCAGAUCAAGGGCAAGAUUAACUCCAUCACAUUAGACAACUGUAAGAAGCUGGGCCUGGUGUUCGAUGAUGUGGUGGGCAUCGUAGAGAUCAUCAACUGUAAGGACGUCAAGGUCCAGGUCAUGGGUAAGAUCCCCACUAUCUCCAUCAACAAGACGGAUGGUUGCCAUGUCUACCUGAGCCAGGACUCUCUGGCCUGUGAGAUUGUCAGCGCCAAGAGCUCCGAGAUGAACAUCCUGGUACCCAACAAAGAGGGAGAGUUUACGGAGCUCCCUGUUCCUGAGCAGUUCAAGACCGUCUGGGAUGGCAAGAAGCUCGUUACCACAUCAACAGAGAUCGCUGGAUAGACGGGGGCAGCAUGCGAUACCACGACCCCUUCACAGCACCAUCCCCACCCCCUUUUUUUGCAAAUGCCUUCUUGACUGAUCGACCACCCCACCAGCUAACUCGCACAUUGUAGACUGAGAUUUGGACCUUGUUGCGUGUGUUAUAUCUCCCUCCCUUCUUUCCAUUAUCAGCCAAUCACAGCUUAAGCUGUCCCUUCCAACAGCCAAUGAGAGGAAUGCUCACUUUUAUCUGGUGCAAAAUCCUCCAGCCAAUCAGCAGGGAGGGGCUUGUGGUUCAAAUUGGAGCAUUUUUCAAAAACAUUCAUGAGUUUUGCCAAUAGCUGCGAUACUCUGUAUGAUAUUCUGUAUCUAUCUGGAUAAUGCUAAGCUAAAUUUAACAUGUAGAAUAGCCAACAUGGGAACAGAGAUAUUAUUGCUCUGCAACAAUCAGGCUCCACUAGCAGGAUGCUUCAGGGGCUGCUGGUUCUUUUUUAGCCUUGAUCUGUUCCAUUAUAUGCAAUUCACCGGUGAAGCACUUCAAACUGAGAGGAUAAUGGCAUCCAUAUCACCUCCGCUGAUGUUGACUAUAAUAAUAAUAACAUUCAUAGUGGAUAAUGUAAAAACACUCAGAGCACAAAUAGGGGUAAAACAAUGUGAAACUCAUUUAGGUAAUGUUGUAAUAAGUAAAAUAGCAGGAAAACUAUCAUUCCAUGUGCUUUCCCUUAACCCACAUAGGACAUUCCUGAAUAUGAACAAAGAAAACAUUCCAUAUAAAUGAGGCAUGUAAGAAACAGUUUGUGAUAAAGAGAUGCUAAGUGGAAGAGAGACAUUGUAAUUGUUAAAUGCUUCACUUUAGUCUCUAGAUUAGAAAUGUCUGCAUCUGAAAUCAUAUAUAAAGAUAUUGAUCAUUAUCAAAAA